GUCCGCUCUGUCGCGCGCGUACAUACGUGCGCGCCGAUCGAUAAACACAACAACGUGAAAAUAAUUCCAGUCCAGUCUCUCCUCCGGUCCUCCACACGGAUCCUCCGAUUGAUCGCGCGACAUUCAGGCCCGACACUCGCACAAGUCGAGAGGAGGGGAGUCGCGUUGUUAUCGCGGGGGGGGAAGGAAAAAAGCACACGAGAGAGAUUCAUCGGCGCGCGUUACGUUUCGCCGGUACGAAAUUCGUUUCCGCGGCGCGGUGCACGCGACUCGAAUCAAAUCGCGCGGAGCACGGCGGCGCUUGGAUCGACGAGAAGGUCCCGGGAUCCCGUGGAGAUCUCUAUCGUCCCUAUCGUCCUGCCAAGAAUUAUUCGAAGAAUAAUUGCACCCGUUUGAGGUCAAGGAGAGUAACGGAGAGAAAGGUAGAGUGUGGAAGUAAAGUGCGCGAGGAAAGAAGCGGAAGGAUCUGCCACGAGGGGUCACGAGGAAAGAUGUGGCGAUUAAGGUUUUGGAUUUACGUGCUGGUGGUAGCGAUAUCAUUGGCGCAAGUGAGGAGGGUCGUCGCCUGUUCUUGCAUGAAUAGUCAUCCUCAGACGCUGUUUUGCAAUUCAGAUUUCGUCAUUCUUGUAAGAGUGAAGAAGAUGACGAACGUGAACGAAUUCGAAACUGCGUACAACGUGAAAGUGAAUAAAUUCUUCAAGGCGAACAAGACAACGUAUCCCGCGCUGAGGAAAAAUAUUUUAUGGACCGCGUCCUCGGACUCCAUGUGUGGAGCACAGCUUAAAGUUGGAGAAACGUACGUUGUGAGCGGACGCGUGAUUUACGGUGAUAAGGCGCAUAUAUCAUCGUGUGGAAUAGCGAUGCCUUGGCGUUUUGUGACGAGCAGACAGCGGAAGGGCUUCAGGCAUUUAUAUCAUUCCAGUUGUAUGUGCAAAGUUCGUUACACACCUUGGUGGAUCAAAGGUAUAACUUUGGAGAACACAGACGGCACGGAAUGCCUGUGGGAGAGCAGGCCAGGUCCCGAGGAGUGUCAAAAAGAUUUCGGCAUCUGCAUGUACAGAGAAUCUGGAUGCUAUUGGACACCCUCGGUGCCUUACAAAAACUGCAUCAAGAAGUAUCAGCUGGAACGCGAGCAGAAAAGAGCGCGAGAACCUUAAUAUAUUCUUCCGUUUCGAUUCAAUACGAAAGUAGUCUGUGGUUGAAUGAAAGAUUGAUUGAUCACGAUGGCGAAAGGGAGAGAGAGAGAGAGAGAGAGAGAGAGAGAGAGAGAGAGAGAGAGAGAGAGAGAGAGAGAGAGAGAGAGAGAGAGAGAGAGAGAGAGAAAGAGAGAGAAAUCGACGUUGUUCGUACACGUAACACGUUUCGAUUUACGAUCUAUUUGUAAAAUUUCGCGAGAUUCCUGGAAGAAUUUUUGUUUAUAUCGUUGGUAACGUAGAGAGAUAGAGAGAGUAUCAACACGCAGCAAACUCGUCGCUGUGCGUGGUAAAUUAAUGCUAAUUCUUUUAUAUAUUUAUUUAAGUCGAUUAAUCGACGAUAGUGAUCGAAGAAACAUUUGUAACAAUUCAGAAGAAUUCAGAAGCGUUCGAUCGAUGAAAGUCAACGUUUUGAUUGAAAAUUAUAUGUAAAUUUAAAAAUCUUUUUUUACUCUUUAAACUCUCGAUUGACUAACUAUUCAGUAAUGGUUUUUUAAUUGUCAAUUGAAAGAGUAUAAAGAGUAUAAAGAGAUUCUUGAACAAUUGUGCGACUUGUAUUAUUAAUCAAAUGCUUCUGAAUAUGCUUUCAAUCAAGUAACUCGAAAACUUUGCAAGUCAAAUUGUAACGAUUCGAAGACGUUGGCAUUAAUUUCUCAAUAACGUGGCGUUUUUCAUUUCAGCAUCGCGCCAUGCUCUAUUUAUUGUUCUAUCAGAAGUAUUAUUAACCGGGUGAACGUUGUGUGGACGAGUACAAAAAAAAAAAAAAAGAAUUGUUCGUUAAUUAAACAGCGAAGCAGCGGAAUGAUUGAAAAUUAUACGCAGCCAACCCGGAAGCCGUUGUUCAAGGGCACUACGUGAAUCGUACCGACUCUUGAGACUGCUUGCAUUUUCAUGAGAAUUUUUACUUCGUUACUACGUUUCGAGGUUUGUUGCAUCGCAUUUUUGUAUCAUUGUGGAUUCCUCGUUAAUAAUUAUUUAUUUCGUUGACCUCUUUUCACAUCUGAAUAAUAAACGUCGUUAAUAAUGUAUUCGACGUUUAUUUAAUCGGCGUUAAGGAAGAUUUACAUUUACAAACGAUUUUUUUUUUUUUUUUUUUUUUUUUUUUAAGUAACAACGCUUCGUUUAAUUGAUUUUCACAGCAACCUCGACUGAGUUUCGUUUCGAAAUCUGAAAUAAGCAAGUAAUAACAAAAGAUUGGCCAUCUCUUUUUUUAGUUGUACAUAUUAGGCUAUUGAUGUAUAUUAUACAUUUUUAAAUUAUUCUCACUUUCAUCUCGUUGUACGUAGCUUUGCUCUUUUUUUUUUUCCUUUUUUAUAUAUAUAAGAAGCUGCUAGAAAGUAUUUAAUUUUUAGCGAAUCCUUGUAUAGGUCAGUGAAUAUUGAAAUAACGUAAUCUAUGUUUUCUAAAAAAAAAAGAGAAAAAAGAAAAAAAGAUAAAUUUUAUUUAAAAGAAGGAACAUAAUUCCUUGAAAGAAACGGAGAAAGUCCAGAUUUAUUUCAUGUUAUCUCAGAUUAUGUUAUCUCGUUAUUCGAAGGAUAGCACAAAGAUGCUAAGCGUCGUUAUUAGAAAUGUUACAAAUCAAGUUGGGUUUCUCUAACCUUAUGUAUCCGAGCACGAUCGUUAUAUUGUUUCUUGCCUGAUGGGGACAAGAGAACGUAGACGACCCCCUUCACGUGGGUUUAGAACUUUAGUACAAAAGUGGUAAAAGCGCGCGACACGGCGGAAGAAUUAGCCUGGAUUUUCCUAGCUUGAGGACGUAACACCGAACGAUGUAUGUUCUUAGUCUUUUAUUAGUUCUUCCAUUUGAUAACUUUUGUAAGUAUUAUAAUAUUUGAAACGAGAAAUGGGAAAAAAAAAAUAAAACGAGAAACGUAUAAUAAUAA